UCUGUUACACACAGGGAAACCCGGCCCCACCUUAAAUUUCUGCCUCCCUUAUUUUCUUUACUUUAUCACAUUGUGUCAUUCACCUGCCAGCCGCCUGUGGAUCAGGACUAGAACUAAAGUCACUCGCCUGUCUUGGAACACUUAGCACUUUUAAGAUCCCUGGAACAAAUAGCAUAAUGCUCCCUCUAUUCAGAUUGGUGUUGACUUUCUCUCUGCUUUUUAACUAUGGUUAUGGACAGACUACUGCAGAAAAUGUGACUACCCCCUCAGCUACUAUGCACCAGGAUACCAAUAGUACCAUACGGAAUGAAACCUCAAGCCCAAAUAACAGCUCCGGAACUGACAUAGCCAACACCACCGAAAAACCAAAAAGCACAGUGGGAUUAACAAGCAUUGUUACUUCAUCUCUCGGCACCACGAUGAAUGAGAGUACUACCGCAAAUGUUACAACAACUUAUUCUCCAACUACAGGCACAAACCACUACACAACUAACUUUGCUCCAAAUGUCACCACAGUCACGACCAAUAACAGUACAAGGAAUAAUUUUACAACUUCGCCUCCAAAUACAACUCAUGAGAACAUAACAACCACAAACCGAAACUGGACAACCACAUCAGUAAAUAGCAGUUUUUCACCUACUAGUAGCAACACAACAGAAACCCUAAUAACCACAACACUAGGGAGCACUAACAAGUCUACUGCAGCAACAGCCAACACAAGUGCAGCAACAGCCAACACAAGUGCAGCAACAACAUCUUUAUCGGCUCAAACUACAAGUAUCCCAUUGACGGCAACAAACACAAGUGAUACAGGGAUUUCGGGAAACUCAAAAGAUGCAGUUGAUAGUGCCGGGGUGGUGCUGGGUGCAAUAAUUGGCUCAAUCCUGGGCAUUACGCUGGUUUCCCUGGUUGUUUACUUCUUGUGUGGUGCAAAGAAAGGCAACUCGUUUUCUCAUCGCAGACUUUAUGAGGAUGUCAGAAAUGAACCAGUGUUAAGACUGGAUAACCCAAUGAACCCUUACGACGUUAGCUACGGGGAUUCGUCCUACUACAAUCCAACGGCUCUGGAUGCGUUUUCAAUCAAUAACAACCACCCCCGAGAAGUGAUUGCCAUGGACGACAUGACACCUCACCAGCCUUCAGCAUAGAAGGCAAUUCAGACGAUCCAGCUCCAUUGCUCUACAGUUUGUAGACAUUUGUUCUCAUUGCAAUGUCAGUGAAGGGUUUCCCAAAAAAAUAUCUUCUUGGUACUAUCAUGCUGGAAACUUCAGCCUUAAGACUUGUUUUUACAAACCUAAAAUGUUUUAUCCAAUGACCAUGGCAGACGGCAAGGUCAUCUUCGGAGGUGAUUCAAAAGAAUUGUUUUGCUUGUAUAUCCAAGGCUGAGGAAGAGCAACGUCUGCUUCCUACAAAUGAGACUGUACAUCUGCAGGACUGGGAAAUCAUUUUACUGGAACCAGCUGGAUUUGCUGGCACGGAAUUCUGCCAACCUUCCAAGCCGCUAAGUGAAUAAACUGCAGUUGUACUUUUUUUUAAUGACCUAUAAUUUGCCAGGUCAAAUUCAAUUCUGUUGCUAUUUGUGUGCUGCCAGAAUGACUCUUCCCAUAGAGAUUCUGCCAUAGGAGUAUAAAGCAUCCUGUAUAAUAUGGCUGCUAAAACAGAAUUGUAGUUUUAAUGGAAGAAUAAUACUGUAGAACAGUGCCGUCCAUCUUUUCUAUGUAGAGGGAUAGUUUUCCGAUUCCAUGUUUGUGGGUUGGAUUAUAUUUAAGUAAUCAUUUUACAGAAAUAAGUCUGUAGAGCCAUAAAAAUCCUUUGGAGACCCACAUUCAGCCUAUGGGGCUCUAGCUGGACAACCCUGAUGUAGGACAUAUAGAAAGAAAACAAAGUACCCCUUAUUUUUUAGCAGCUGCUAAUCUAAAUAUUUGUAUUUAUUGUUGAUUUGCCAUAUUGCUUCAUCUGCUGAUAUACUAUCCAACAUUAUCCAAAGAUUCUGAUGCCAAUGCUACUGUAUUGCCAACAUAUUUAACUGAAUAUUAAAGGUCUUAUUGACUAAUGACAGGGCAGGAUGGAAAGUGAAAAAAACACAGAGCUCCAGUUUUGUUUUGCUUUGCACCCUGCACCUUUUCUGUCUAUAUUUACCGUAGUUCCACUGUAUUCAUAAGGAGUAGGUUGGGGCAGGAUUUGGACAUCUCCUUGGUUACGCCCUAGCGUACAUAUCAUUCAGAAACCCAAGCUAGUUCUAGGGAACCCUUGUCCUUACAGCCGGCUUGUGGCAUACCCCCUAGUAGUGAUGGGCGAAUUUGUCCCGUUUCGCCCAAAUUUUAGCAAAUUUCCCUCAAAAUUUGCGAAACGGUGAAAAAUUCAUGAAACGUAAAAAAAAAACCGAUGACGGUCGACAAUUCCUAUUUGAUGCGCGCCUUAUAUAUCCAAUUGCCUUAAAGUCAAUAGGUGUGCGGUAAAUCGUCGCUGGCGUCAGAAUUAUCGCCAGCUUUGGAAUUGUUGCCGGUGUCAAAAAACGUUGCCACUGUCGAAAAAUUUAUUCGGCGGAGAGACGAGAUGCAGAAAUUCGGUGCGAAUUCACGCCUGCCGAAUAAAUUUGCCCAUCACUACCCCCUAGGGCUUGCACUUACCCACCGUAAACAAGGUAGCAAAGUCAACACUUUUUAAUGCAAUCAAUAAACAUAAGCAAAACAAGACUUGGUGAUUCAGUUGUUGAUAAAUAUGCCAUAAAGGGCCUAGACAAAUGUGUUAAAAAUGUAUUUAUAAAAUAUAUACAGAUGUAUUUAAUUUGUUGCUAUUGCUCCACUCAAAUUCCUAUCUGGGUGCUUGUAUGCGUAGGCGAAACAACUAUAUUACUACCUUAAUGACCAUAAAACUGUUCCUAAAACAAAUCUAAGAUUUAUCUAGACACACUCUGGGUCAUUUAUCAACACUGGGAAAAUUUGCCCAUGGGCAGUAACCCAUGGCAACCAAUCAGAUUGCUGCAUUCAUUGUUCUACUUGCUAAUCACUGAUUGGUUGCUAUAGGUAACUGCCCAUGGGCAAAUUUGCCCAGUGUGAUAAAUGAGCCCCACUCUAUUGUUAGAUGAUAAUAACUACUUAAAAAUGUACAAUUGUGAUCUCUAUGAGAGCAUAUUGGUUAGGUGUUGUGUAAAAGGCCAGGUACUCCCGUGUGACUUCUACUAUAUACUUAUAUUGAAUAGAACUGGGUAAAUUAUCUCUCAAAAAUACACAAUGGCUUGUUGUGUAGGGAUGUGGUGUGAGAAAAUGGGGGGUCAGUGUAGGUAGACUUUGAGUCCUUUCCUGCAAUGAACUAGAGACACAGUGGUCUUACGGAGGACAUACAUGAGUUAUGUAGAAGAAGAAAAAACACAUAUUUUUUUAAAUGGAAUUAUAGGGUGAUAUUUGACAAUAGACCAUAAAACGAAUGAAUGUAAGCUCUUCAUGUUACUUUGUGCCAAACCUGGCCCAGUGCCUUAACCUUCUCAAUCCAGUAAACAACCUUCCUGAGAAAUAAUUGUUGAAUUGAAGGUCAUUUAUUCUAAACAUCUGCAUGUUUGAUCCUUCCCACCAGAUCCUGCUGAGUGGAAGUGUCAGCUAACUGUGAAAUAAUGAUCCAUCCUUGACAUUUAGAAAACUUAUACCAAUUUAUAGAAAACAACAAACAAGGCAUAAAUAUGUCUGGAGAAACCAAAACUGUGAAUGGAAUGGUUUGGGCAAACACUCCAUUCAACAGGUCCAGCUCACAUUUUGGAGCUUUCUUUCCAUAGGAUACUGUUCCUUUAGAAAGAAGGACUCAGAGCAGGAAGAUUACCUGCCUAUAAAAGGAACUCCUAGAGGUGCUGGGGGUGCUGUCUGAAUGGAAAGGAUUGGAGUAAGUACAGGGUUUACCCAAAUACAGUAUCUUUGCAUAUACUGCUGAGAUGACAAUAAAGUUUACUUUGAUUUUGA